GGAACAAGACCGUCUCCGGGUGAGGAGCAGCCCGCGUGGGCCCCUUGACAGCAUCAGCCCUAUGGCACUGCAAGCCGUACCAUUCUGGUCAUUCCUGCGCCCCUUGCUCCAGGAACUCCCUUGUCUUGGCCGCUGGAGGGCUUCGUCGACGGGCAAGGCUCCUGCAUCCGUCACAUGCCAGAUCCCCACUCUCUGGCCUGAAUCUUGGGGGCCGAGUCCCAGGACAUGGCUCGAGCCACAGGGAAGACGCCAAGAUCUACUGGACGCGAUGACGUCCCGGGACGUCGGCGAUGCCGUGCCGCGAGGCUCUGGGGCUGCUAGGGAGUGGCCGCCACACGAGGGGCAUCGCACUUGAGAACUGUGCCACGGAAGUGCCCCCUCAACCCCAUGACCAGUGGGCGAGUAUCGCGGAUCGGACCCCGAGUUGAGUCUUUCGGCCUGGGGAAUGGCUUCGAGAUUAUUUCGUCCCCGUUGCCAGCCGACUGGCUACUCCAUGGCAGCAUGCUCCCACUGCCGCACAGGACAGAGCAGUUCCCCCCAACUGCAACCCCACACCACAAUUGGUGCCAGCAGCCCGCCCGCCGCAUACCCACCUCCCCCAGACCACCGGGUCAUCAGCACGACGGCCACGACCCCAAACUGGCAAUGGGGGCCAACCCCAAUCGCUCGACAGAUGCACAAGCUGAUUGGCUCACGUCAGUCGCCGGUCCAAAUCGCAUUUGCGAUUUUGGCGCGGCCAGUAUGGGUGGUCCGGAUGGUGCUGGGAAAGCGUCGAAAUGGCUAUAAAGAGGGGAGGAACUGCCAGAGCCUUGCGGGAUCAUCUUUCCUCUA